UUUUAAAACAUUAGAAAAAAAUAUAAAAUAAAACAAAAAUUUAAAUAAUAUUUAUUUUUGAGAACAUGAAAAAGGAAAAUAAUUUUUUUCAACUCUAACCUGUAAUUAUAUAAGUGGACUUAUUUCGUCGAGGAAAGAAGCAUUCGGCGACGAAAUAACUGGCAAACUAGUGGAUAUGCACAAUAUUUAUUAUUGCUUAUUGAAUCCUGAUUUACCAUAUUAAUGUUCUCUUCUUCGAAACAAGAAAAAAUGUCCUUAUCAGCAAGUCGUUUACUGUGGCCUAAAACUGUGUUCGGUCGACGAAUAUUUGUUGUUAUUAUGAUUCUAGUAACGCUGUUUCUGUACGUUGCAUGGUGCAUAGUCGACGAUUGUGUCAUAGAUCUUAGUCAUGGAUUUGGUACUAUGGACAUGCUGAAAAGAUACACUCAAGAUGACAUUGGAUUGAACGAACAACUGAAAUUUGUAUGUGAAGAGAAUUUUCAAGAUACGCGUUUAUACAUGCAAGAUAAACGACAAGAAGAUUGGAAAAAUUUGUCCAUGAUAUAUUUUGUUACACCUACCUAUCCCCGCAAAGAACAAAUACCGGAAUUGCUGCGACUUGGAUACACCUUGCAGCAUAUACCGCGACUUCAUUGGAUAGUAGCGAACGAUUACAACAGCUGCAAUCCCUAUCUGAAUACUUUUCUGUAUAGGUUUCACAUUCCGUUUACACAUUUGAGCAGUCCUAUGCCUUCCCAAUUUAAUAACGCUAAGGCUAAACCACGAGGGGUUUCGAACAGACGAGCUGCCAUGGAAUGGUUACGAAGCCGUAACAUUACCUCAGGAAUACUAUAUUUUGGGGAUGAUGAUAAUACCUACGAUCUUAAAUUGUUUCAGGAAAUACGUGACACAAAGCGUGUAUCGAUGUUCCCUGUUGGUCUUAUUGCAAAUUACGGCAUUAGCGGACCUGUAGUCCGAAAGGGAAAGGUUGUUGGAUUUUUAGAUUCUUGGGUCGCCGGACGUCGUUGGCCCGUAGAUAUGGCAGGAUUUGCCGUGAAUUUAGCUUACAUGACUGAACAUCCUAAUGCAAGUAUGCCGUUUGUGCCUGGCUAUGAAGAGGACUACUUUCUGCGAAGUCUUGCUUUAAGAUUGGAUAUGAUUGAACCUAAGGGCAAUAAUUGCACUGAAAUUUUAGUGUGGCAUACGCAAACAAAAAAUCAUGAGCCAACAACUGUACAAAUUAGUCGAGACUAUCUUGACAAUCGUUCAAAUUUGGGCCUGCUUUUUGAAUCUCUAUCGAAUAUGGGUGUCGCCAAGGCAUCAGAUCGUGGAGGGGCAAAAGCAAUUAUUAGCAAGAAUGGAAAAUCCAAGCCGCUAAGCUACUUUUUAAGUUGAGACUGUGCGUUUAUUUCACGAACAUUUUGCUUUAUUUAGUUUGAAAAUUGCACUUAGUAGAGUAAAGGAUUUGCGGGAAAUAAUUCUCCCGAAAAACUAGUCAUAAUUGUAUUAGAAUAACUUAAAAAUAUAAUUGUAAUAGAACGAAUUCAGCGUAUAUCGGUGUGAAUAUCGUUUCCAAUGACUUGGUGCUGCAGACCUAAAAUUUUUCCUCUCAUCCAUUUUGCAUUAGUUAUGCUAAUAAUUUGUUAAACCGUUGUUAUUUUUAUUUUUUUUUUUUUUUAUGUGUUUCUUUGUCACGUUUUUAAUAGAACGUAGUUAUAUAUUAGCGUAGUUCGAUAUUCGAUUAUUUUAAAUUAUUAUAUUUUUGUAAUAAA